GUGCCUGGGUCUGGUGACGACGCGCAGCCAGGGCCCAGUGGUGACGCCAGCGGUGAAGCUGGCGGUGCUCCAGCCGAUGAUCAGCAGCCUCACAAGCGUCGCAAGACUGGCAAGGGCAAGCAGAUUUCAGGGGACGAUUCCGCGGCGACGCCGCAGUCGAAGAUGGUCUCCACCCUGCUGAAGGACGCGAAGCCGAUCAUUGCCAAGUACGGAUUGACGAUGGUUGCUGCCCACACCACCAUGAACAACAUCCAUAGCGGCAGGCCAGAGUGGACGUUCAUGAGGGACCAGCCGACCCGCUUCGAGAAGCUGCAGACGGCGAUGAACAAGCUCAGCACCGAAGUGCAGAAGACCGAUGGCCUCGACAAGCUGCUGACUGGCAAACUCGCUGACGUGAAGAAGGUGCUGGGCGAGGCCAAGUUCAAUGCCGCGUGCGUGGCCGCCGCUAGCAUCAAGCCAUUCAUUGAGGCCGUGGGCAAAGCGGACAAGAUCGUCAACAAGGAGGUCCAGGCCCGCGAGGUCUCCGACUGA